CUCGCUUGGGCAAGGGACAUUAAGGUAUCAGUGUGGCAUCUCUCGGAAGGGAAGGAACCCGUGUGUCGCCGAACAUACAGGGUCAGGAUGGAGGUGUCAAGGAGGCGGAUCUUACAGAAGCACCUGCAGCCAGCCAGACCACUGCGGCGCUGCAGCACUGACCAGGACCCCUGCUUUAGAAAUGCUGAGCCAUCUGUGUGUGGACAAGCAGGAGAAAAAACAAUUAACAGUAUUGGAGUGGAACAGUUUUUUGAAAUCCUCCAUCUCCAAACUCAGACUCUACAAAAAGACUCCACCCCAACUAAAGUGAGGAUAUCUUACACUAGAGACUUCCUGAUUCAACUGGCCAGUUCCCCCAUUGCCAAAAGAAAACCGGACUUCUUACCAGAACAUCCUGUUGUUUUGGAAAAGGCGAGAGAACCUGGUGUGCCAAGGUUGGAGAAGAGGUCUGAUGAAAACAAUGAAAUGUUUGCCUAGGCUAACAUGGAGCUGGGAAGUCUGGUUGCUGCUGCUGCUUUUCAACCCACACACCACUACAACUUGCUCUGCCAUUGAGUGAUAUA